UCCCGGCCCCCCCCGCGUUCCGGGAAUCCCUUUUCCCGUUCCCGAUCUCUGCUCAGCUCCCAGCGAAUGGAGCUGAGCUGCUCCGUAGGGGGCAGCACGGCGGCCCCACCGGGGCCUGGGCCCCCAGGGCCGAUCCCUGCCCCUUCUGUGACCCCCCCGAUGGAGGGUGAGGAUUACGAGAGUCUGCCCAGCGGAGCCUCGCUUGGCACUCACAUGUUGGCCGGGGCGGUGGCGGGGAUCAUGGAACACAGCGUGAUGUACCCGGUGGAUUCCGUGAAGACACGGAUGCAGAGCCUGCAGCCCGACCCCAAGGCCCAGUACCGGAGUGUGUAUGAAGCCCUGAAGAAGAUGGUCCUGACUGAAGGCUUCUGGAGGCCUUUACGUGGGAUCAACGUCACCAUGCUGGGGGCUGGCCCUGCCCACGCCAUGUACUUUGCUUGCUAUGAAAAAAUGAAAAAGUCUCUCAGUGAUACCAUUCAGCAUGGAGGAAACAGCCACUUGGCCAAUGGUAUAGCUGGGAGCGUGGCCACGUUGCUCCAUGACGCAGUGAUGAAUCCAGCUGAAGUGGUGAAGCAGCGGAUGCAGAUGUUCAACUCCCCCUACAAAUCCGUCUGGCAGUGCGUGAGGACAGUGCAGAAAACCGAAGGCUUUGGUGCCUUCUACCGCAGCUACACCACCCAGCUCACCAUGAACAUCCCCUUCCAGGCCAUCCACUUCAUCACCUACGAGUUCAUGCAGGAGAGGGUGAACCCACGUAGGGAAUACCACCCGCUGUCCCACGUCUGUUCGGGGGCCGUAGCCGGAGCCGUGGCUGCUGCCGCCACCACCCCGUUGGACGUCUGCAAGACCUUGCUCAACACCCAAGAGAACAAAGCGUUGAGUUCACUUAACAUCACUGGGCACCUCUCAGGCAUGGCCAAUGCCUUUAGGACUGUCUAUCAGCUGGGGGGCAUCGCGGGGUAUUUCCGAGGGGUGCAGGCACGUGUCAUCUACCAGAUCCCUUCAACGGCCAUCGCGUGGUCGGUGUAUGAGUUCUUUAAGUACUUCCUCACAAAGCACAAGCUGGAAAAGGGAACAUCCCUUUGAAGGACGGAAUGAUAUGCCCUCUAUUUGUGCCAGGAACACGCCAGGUCCUGGGGGGGAUGAGGGGGGUCGCAUCUGAUGCCGCUUUCCUGUGGUCCUCAGCCACGUGUUCCCCUCGUCGCUUAAACAAUAGUUUAUGAAAUACUUAUAAUAAUAUAUAUAUUUAAUAACUUUAUUUUGGAGAGCCGAAAUAAUUGAUAUAUAUAUAUUUUUUUUCUUUAAGCUUGAAGUUGUAGUUUACUCCUCACCAGAAAUCCUGGGUUAUACAACCUAGGCUGUUUUUGUUUUGUUUUUACAGCAGAAUACCCUAUCAUAGAACUUUUAUAUAAAAUAUUGAAUAGUUGGAUAAUGUUUAUCCUUUAUUUUUCUAUAUAGGUAUUUGGUUGUUGUUUUUUUUUUGUUUAAUACAAUUACAGCUAGAUGCUGAGCUGCUUUAAAAGGGCUAAAUUCUUCCCUCACGUGCAAGGAAGACAUGAAAGCAUUUAUUUUUAUAGCCUGAUUGGCUUUAAUUACACAGCAUUUAGUCCCCAGGCAGUGGUAUUGUGUGAGUGUCCAGGGACUGGGGAGACUUUCUAGGGGCUGGGGGAGAAGGAAUGGGGACACCCCUGUGACAGACUGAAGGACACCAGGAGAGGCACCCCAAAAUACCUGGGGUGGAAAAAAAGCCAAUUUUUUUACAAGGAGACUCUUAAAGAUGUAGAAUUCAAGAGGAGAGUAUUUUUCAAACACUUUUCUAAAGGUACAUUUUUAUGGUGUGUGAUAGCUGGAAAUGGCUUUGGUCCUCCCUUAACUUAUUUGUAUUUUUUCACUGAAGCCCUGAUUCCGCUCGCAGGAGGGAGGGUUUGGGUUUGCUGCUGCAAAAUGCUGGGAUUUGUGUUCAGCAGCGUUGUGCCUGCUCUGAAGGGGAUCCACCUUAUUGCUCCUGCUGGGAAUGGCUCUUUCCAUCACAUCCUUUGCAGAAAUGCUCAUUUUUGGAAUAUGGCCUUUGUGUGAGGGUGGAGAGCUCCAAAAUCCCUCUUUCCCACUUUGAGAGGGCAGAUCUACGCCAGUUUGUUGGCUUCUCUCAACUCGGUGUGGUUUUUUUGGAUGUCUCAACCUGUUUCUUUGUGUCAUCAGCAGCCGAUGACAAAUUUGAUCAAUUUGGGGGAUUGCAGGACACCACUCGGCUGAUCUUGAUUUGCACCUGGGGAAAUCUUGAUCGUACGUGGAGCUCACCUUGCUGGCAGCAGCUGAUGAUUGGGGCUGGUCCCAUCCCCUCACCGCUGUGCCAGUGGCAGCUUCUGCUCUGCCACGGAUGUAUUCCCAGCUUGUUUUUGACACGUUUGGGUUGGCAAGCAUCCCCGUCAGCCGGGAUGACACAAAGCAGAGCCAAACCUUCCUCUCCAUUAUUUGGAGAAGCUGCAUUGAUGUGCAUCUCCAUGGGCGGUGCUGCCUGUGCCUUGUGUAAUCACAGUUACCUCUGUGCCAACGAUGCAAGGAGGUCCUCGAUGCCUUUUUGUCACUUAAGCUGAGCAAAUCACUGUGUUGAAUGCACCCUUUGUCUUAAAGUGCAAAGCUUAACCUCAAUUUGCAGAGUUUUGGCUGGAGAAAGUCCCCAGCUCUCUUGCACACCGGGGUCCUCCAGGCUGGAGAUGCUCCAGCCAGCUAUUGGGUUUGGAUGUCUUUUUUAUUUCUAUUUCUGUUGACUUUAGAAACCGGAGAGUCACUAACAGGAACCAGAACUGCACAAACGUUGUCUAUUGGAGAGGAGUGGAUGAAAAUCUUGGGUCAUUUUAUUGCUAAUUGUGGCAUAAGGUGGAAGUUAACAGCUCUUUUGGUGCAGCUUUAGGUGGCUCAGCCCACAGUCCUUGAUGCAUCGUCCUCUUCCUCUGCUUUGCUUUACAUCACUGUGUCUUUUCUGCACUUGGAGGGAGUUGUGGGUCAGGGCACAGAGGCUGAGCUCGUUACAUUGGUUGUGUGCUGAGCAUCCCAAAAUGAGCUCCCCAUCUCUGCCACUGUCCAGAAAAAUGCGUGCUUUUCUGGUUCCCUCCCAAUUGCUGAGCAACCAGGUUGCGUUGGGAGCUUGCUGAGAGCAAGGAGCAGUUGGAUGUUCAUAGAUCUCUGCAGAUCACCUUGGCUAUUGGGUAAAACCAGUUGGAAAUGGAACAGCUGUGCCCAACUGGUCUAAAAAUUGCAGAAAUUGAACGGGUUUCCUGCUGGAUCCCUGCAUUAAAGCCUCACCACCAAAGUUCUUCACCUCUCCUUGUGUUGUUUGAAAGUUUUGCUGCGAGUCUGAACUUUUAUUUUAACCUGGUAUGUGAAUCGUGUACUGCUGCUUUAUCUGCACCAAACGCACAUAUAUUUAAGGGAGGAUGAGUAACUUUGUCUGCAGUUUUGUUGUUGUUUUGUUCUUUUUUUUUGCCUGCCUCGGAAUUUAAUGUGUUCUCUUGAUGCAUAUUUAACAUUGCAGGAGUUCGUCUGUGAGAUGCUGCUACAGUUGUGUCACUGGAACUCAAGGAAAUAAUAAAACAUACAUAAAUGC